GUGAAAUUAAAGGGUCGGGCUCGUUAUUUCACUACAUUGGGAAGAAAGUGAUAAAAUCUAAUAUCCACAGUCGCACUCAGCUGGCCUGGGUAGGUCCGCUCUAUGGUGAAAUGCAAUAUUUACAAUAUUGUAAAGGAAUCCUAUCAUUACUGGAGAAUUUACUGGAGAUGUAAGCUAUUACUGAGAAAGAACAUUGCACUGAGUACUGCUCUGUCUAAUCCGAAGGAUGGGGGAGUGCCGCACAGAAUGCCGGGAAUUUAUACAUUCAAACAGAAAAGAAAGGUCAUUUAUCUGGGCAUGUCGUCAUGCGACAUUCGAAACAGACUUAAGGCACAUGUCAACAACAAUGAUCAUCAAGAAGUAGGCCUGUAUCUGCAGAAAUGGCACCUCAGGGCCAUAACAAUUUCCUGGGUGCAGGAGACCAAUGCUGGUACGAAGGAGAAACAAUACAUGGAGAUGAUCACCAACUUGCAAGGCAAUGCACCAAUUCUCAACAAGACAUCAGGAAACUCAAAGAAAAGUUCCCCCAAAAAAUUGCUAUGGAGAAUUCUUAAAUAAGUGAUUGCAAGAACACCACACACAUAUUAGUUGAGACCAGGUGUAGGCUUUUCAAUGCAAAUGAAAAUAAAAAAUACAGAUCCAGUACUUUUGAAUCAAAUAAAUAAUUCACAUGAAAUUCCUAUCAAGCGAAGCAGAGUGAACACAGAUACUGUUAAAAAUGACUCAGAUCGUACUAUAUGACAUCAUGCAAUGACAUCACAUGGACUGUGAAUAUCGGAUUUAUACAAAAUAAAAGGGCAUGUGCUAGAAAUGUUUUGUCAAUGAAUUCUUUUAUAAGGUGUCUGGAAUAAAAUAUGCAAAUCAAUGUUUUUGCUGUGCAAAUCCUC